ACGUAAAUGUUUUGGCGUAGCAGAGGCCCAGGUAAAAGGAAAUGGUCCCCUGUGUGGACGAGUAGCCACCAAAUCGGGACGUCAAGAAGAGUAAAUGGCAGCGAGGGUAUCCGCCGAAUGAAUCCAAGUCUUUUGAGUUGAGACGAUCAAUAGGGGGGAAAACGUACAUGAAGUGAAGCUGGAGGAUCCACUCAUAUUCCCUGCCAUAUGUCGUUUUGUCAGAGGUCUGUUUCAGCCUAAAUGUUGGGAAGUAUCAGGAAUUGAUUUGGAUGUUGUUUAUCAUGAAGCCCAGACUAAGCAUUGCAUGCUUAUCCAAAAAGCCUCAGUUGUUACCUUGAACGUCUGACAAGGAGAAUAUAAUGAAAUGAGAUAAAGUGAACAACUGGAGGAACCCAGCCCCCUAACCUCCACUUCUUUGAAGAAUGGCAGGCCUACAGCUUGUCACCCCUGCCACUUCACCUAUGGGGCCUUUCUUUGGUCUGCCAUGGCAGCAGGAGGCUAUCCAUGACAACAUAUAUACACCUAGGAAAUAUCAGGUAGAACUUCUUGAAGCAGCUCUUGAACACAAUACUAUUGUCUGCUUGAAUACUGGCUCAGGGAAGACCUUUAUUGCAGUACUUCUAACAAAAGAGCUCUCCCACCAAAUCCGUGGAAAUUACCAAGAAAAUGCAAAGCGAACUGUAUAUCUGGUGGACACAGUGUCAUCUGUAGUUCAGCAAGCAGCUGCAGUCAGGACUCAUUCUGACCUCCAGGUGGGAGAGUAUACAAAUUUGGAGGACACCAUAGCAUGGACUGAUCAUCAAUGGAGUCAAAAGAUAAUUGAGAAUCAGGUACUGGUCAUGACUUGCCACAUAUUCCUGCAUGUUCUGAGGAAUAAAAUAUUACCGCUAUCGAAAAUCAACUUGGUGGUGUUUGAUGAUUGUCACCUGGCCAUCACAAACCACCCCUACUGUGAGAUAAUGAAGCUGUUUGAGGGCAGCUCAAGUGGUCCUCGCGUUCUCGGCCUCACAGCUUCCAUUUUGAAUGGGAAAUGUGACCCAUCUGAACUUGAGCAGAAGAUCCAGAAUUUAGAGAGAAUUCUGAGGAGCAAUGCUGAAACUGCUACUGACCUUGUGGUUCUGGACAGAUACGCCUCUCAGCCAAGAGAAGUGGUGCUGGAAUGUGGCCCCUACCUGGAUAAGAGUGGCCUUUCCUCACGUUUGCAGGCAGAGCUGGAUGAAGCUCUCCAAUUCCUGAAUGACUGCAACAUAUCUGCCCAGAGAGAGGACCGUGAUCCCACAUUCAUCUCCAAGCAGGUCCUAAGCGAUUGCCGGGCUGUGCUACAGGUGUUGGGGCCUUGGUGUGCAGAUAAGGCAGCAGGGAUCAUGGUGCGUGAGCUGCAGAAGUACAUCAAACACGAGCAGGAGGAGCUCAGUCGCAAGUUCCUGCUCUUCACAGACACCUUCUUGCGGAAAGUGCAUGCCCUCUGUGAGGAGCACUUCUCCCCCGCAUCCCUGGACCUCAAGUUUGUAACGCCAAAGGUUCUCCGACUGCUGGAGAUCUUGCAUGAAUACAAGCCGUUCGAACGCCAGCAGUUUGAGAGCGUAGAGUGGUACAACAACAGGAACCAGGACAACUAUGUGUCCUGGAGUGACUCUGAGGACGAAGAUGAGGAUGAGGAAAUGGAGGCCAAAGAAAGGCCUGAAGCCAACUUUCCUUCGCCUUUCACUAACAUUUUGUGUGGGAUUAUCUUUGUGGAGAGGCGUUAUACAGCUGUUGUCCUCAAUCGUCUUAUCAAGGAGGCAGGCAAGGCUGACCAAGAGCUCGCUUACAUCAGCAGCAACUUCAUCACCGGCCACAGCAUUGGCAAGAACCAGCCGCGGAACAAACAGAUGGAGGUGGAGUUCAGAAAACAAGAGGAGGUUCUCCGCAAGUUCCGGGCUCAUGAGACCAACCUGCUGAUCGCCACCAGUAUUGUUGAGGAAGGUGUUGAUAUUCCAAAGUGUAACCUGGUGGUGCGAUUUGACCUGCCUACAGAGUACAGGUCCUACGUACAGUCCAAGGGGAGGGCUAGGGCACCUGUCUCAAACUACAUCAUGUUGUCUGACACUGAGAGGACCAAAGCCUUUGAGGAAGAUCUCACCACCUACAAGGCCAUAGAGAAGAUCUUGAGGAAUAAGUGUUCAAAGUCAGUGGAGGUGUGUGAGUUUGAAGUGGAACAGGUUCUGGACGAUGACAACAUCCUCCCACCCUACGUACUUCGAUCAGAAGAUGGAGGCCCCCGGGUCACCGUUAACACAGCCAUUGGACACAUAAACCGGUAUUGUGCCCGGCUGCCUAGUGAUCCUUUCACACACCUAGCACCCAAAUGUAAAACUUUGGAGAUAGGGGAUGGAUGCUUCCAGGCCACGCUGUACCUACCCAUAAACUCCCCUCUGCGAGUUCCUGUCAAGGGCCCUAUUAUGAACUGUGCCAGACUGGCAGAAAAGGCAGUUGCACUAGUAUGCUGCGAGAAACUCCACAAAAUAGGUGAGCUAGAUGAUCACCUGAUGCCUGUUGGUAAGGAGACCGUAAAGUAUGAGGAGGAACUGGACCUUCAUGAUGAGGAGGAGACCAGUGUCCCAGGCCGGCCUGGCUCUACCAAGAGGAGGCAGUGCUACCCUAAAGCUAUACCACAAUGUCUACGGGGCAGUUAUGCUGUACUGGAGCAGACCUACUACUUGUAUGUGAUUGGGAUGGUCCUCACCACUCCUCUUCCUGAUGAACUCAACUUCCGGCGACGGAAGCUCUACCCGCCAGAGGACACCACAAGGUGCUUCGGCAUCCUGACUGCCAAACCCAUACCUCGAAUCCCACAUUUCCCUGUGUACACACGCUCGGGUGAAGUGACCAUCUCCAUUGAGCUGCAGAAGUCUGGGUUCACGCUCACUGCAUCACAGCUUGACCUCAUCACCCGCCUGCACCAGUACAUCUUCUCCCACAUCCUCCGCCUGGAAAAACCUGCACUGGAGUUCAAGCCCACGCUGGCUGACUCGGCUUACUGCGUUCUACCUCUUAAUGUUGUUGGGGACUCUGACACCCUAGAUAUGGACUUUAAGUUCAUGGAGGACAUCGAGAAGUCUGAAGCCCGCACUGGCAUUCCUACCACUCAGUACACCAAGCAGAACCCCUUCAUCUUCAAGUUGGAGGACUACCAGGAUGCUGUUAUCAUUCCAAGGUAUCGCAAUUUCGACCAGCCUCAUCGCUUCUAUGUUGCUGAUGUCUACACAGACUUGACACCACUCAGCAAAUUUCCAUCACCAGAGUAUGAGACAUUUGCAGAGUAUUACAAAACCAAGUAUAACCUGGACCUGUCCAACCUGAACCAGCCACUUCUGGAUGUAGACCACACCUCCUCCAGACUGAACUUGUUAACCCCUCGACACCUGAACCAGAAGGGCAAAGCCUUGCCACUCAGCAGUGCAGAGAAGCGGAAGGCCAAAUGGGAGAGUCUUCAGAACAAACAGAUCCUGGUCCCGGAGCUUUGUGCCAUCCACCCCAUACCGGCCUCCCUGUGGAGGAAAGCAGUGUGUCUGCCCAGCAUCCUCUAUCGCCUCCACUGCCUGCUGACUGCUGAGGAGCUGAGGGCCCAGACAGCCAGUGAAGCUGGAGUGGGAACCCAAAUUCUUCCCCCUAAUUUCAGAUAUCCAAACUUGGACUUUGGCUGGAAGAGAUCUAUUGACAGCAAAAUAUUCAUCUCCUGUCCUGAGUCUUGCAGUGAGGAUGUUGAUGGUCAUUGUAAGCACCAAGAGACUGUAACCCCUGAUCUACGUCCGGGAGCACAUCCCAGUAAUGAUCACUCUUCCUUGCACAUGCAGGGGCAACUCAUAGCCCUUGAUCCUGGAGAUGUCUCCUGCACCAGAAACAUAACUAAUGGCACUGUCGUUGUUACUGACUUUGACGACGACAGCCACCAAGACAAGCACCUUCACCAACCUGACAAUUGCCAACACCCUGAAUCAAUACAAACCACUACCUCAGUUCCUGUGCAGCCCACUCACAGCUUGAAGAAGUCGAGUUCCAGUCCUCCACAGCCUAGUGAUGAAUGUACACCAGGGAGGACCUCAGACCACACAAAUAAAGCUACCUCAGUCUGCAACCGGGCAGCCACGGGUCCCAACACUCCAACAGCACCUUCUUCUGACUUCGCUGCUGACCUACAGCAGAGAUCCCAAGCAGGAGACUCCCCCAGGAGCCUAGGGCCUAACCCAGGCCUCAUCCUGCAGGCUUUGACCUUGUCAAAUGCUAGUGAUGGCUUCAACCUGGAGCGUCUGGAAAUGCUUGGCGACUCCUUCCUAAAGCAUGCCAUCACAACAUACCUGUUCUGUACCUACCCUGAUGCUCAUGAAGGGCGGCUCAGCUAUAUGCGCAGCAAAAAGGUGAGCAACUGCAACCUGUACCGUCUUGGGAAAAAGAAAGGACUUCCAAGCAGGAUGGUUGUUUCUAUCUUUGACCCUCCCGUUAACUGGCUGCCUCCUGGAUACCAGGUCAACCAGGACAAGAGCAGCACCGACAAACUGGAUUCAGAGGAGGCUAAAGACGACUUUUUGGCCAACGGUCAGUCUGGGAACGACUAUGAUGAGGAUGAUGAGGAAGGGGAGGACGUGGAUGAAGACGGUGAGCUGAUUUUGAAGGAUGAGCCAAAGGAUGAAGUCAACAUGGAGGAUGAUCUGGAGUACUACAAGGAGCACAUCAGGUUCAUUGACAGCAUGCUGUUGGGAUCAGGUGCAUUUGGUAAGAAGAUCUCUCUGAGCAGCUUCCCUCCCUCCCUCACAUCGGCCUCGGGAUCUUCGCCUUCCAUGGAAUCUCCGUAUGAAUGGAAGGCCCCCAAGAAGCCCCACAAUCCCACAGCCCACUACCCCCCGGAGCAGGUGACAAGUGGACCCUCGGCUGAGGAGUUUGACUACAGCUCAUGGGACGCCAUGUGCUACCUGGACCCUAGUAAGGCUGGAGAGGAGGAUGACUUUGUGGUGGGUUUUUGGAAUCCGUCGGAUGAGAACUGCGGUACUGAGCUUGGAAAGCAGUCCAUCUCCUAUGACCUACACACAGAGCAGUGCAUUGCAGACAAAAGCAUCGCUGACUGUGUGGAGGCUCUGCUGGGUUGCUACCUGACAAGCUGUGGAGAGCGAGCUGCCCAGAUGUUCCUCUGCUCACUGGGCCUUAAGGUGUUACCCUUGGAGAGAGAGACCCUGACAGAAGAAGCGGUGCAGAGCCGUCAGACCACCACUGAUCUGUGCUAUGGCUGGCUGAAGAUCCCGCCCCGAUGUAUGCUAGAUCAUCCAGAUGCAGAGCAAACUCUCAACCACCUCAUCUCUGGCUUUGAGAACUUUGAAAAAAGGAUAAAUUACACCUUUCAGAACAAGGCUUACCUGUUGCAAGCCUUCACUCACGCUUCCUACCAUUACAACACCAUUACAGAUUGUUACCAGAGACUGGAGUUUCUUGGUGAUGCAAUUCUAGACUACCUCAUAACAAAGCACCUUUAUGAAGAUCCACGGCAGCAUUCUCCUGGAGUGCUGACUGACCUGCGCUCAGCACUCGUCAACAACACCAUCUUUGCCUCUCUGGCCGUUAAGUAUGACUACCACAAGUACUUCAAGGCCAUCUCACCCGAGCUUUUCCACGUUAUUGAUGACUUUGUGCAGUUUCAGCUGGAGAAGAAUGAGAUGCAAGGCAUGGACUCUGAGCUACGACGCUCUGAAGAAGAUGAAGAAAAGGAGGAGGACAUUGAAGUCCCAAAGGCCAUGGGAGACAUCUUCGAGUCUCUAGCUGGAGCGAUUUACAUGGACAGUGGGAUGUCAUUGGAGACUGUAUGGCAGGUGUAUUAUCCAAUGAUGAGGCCGCUUAUAGAAAAAUUUUCUGCCAACGUGCCACGCUCACCUGUGAGAGAGCUGCUCGAAAUGGAACCAGAAACUGCCAAGUUCAGCCCUGCAGAAAGAACUUACGAUGGAAAGGUCCGGGUGACAGUGGAGGUCGUCGGUAAGGGCAAGUUUAAAGGAGUUGGCCGCAGCUACCGAAUCGCCAAGUCAGCGGCGGCACGACGAGCUCUGCGCAGCCUCAAAGCCAAUCAACCUCAGGUUCAAAACAACUGAGCUCCACAUCUGAGCUCUCAGCAUUAGCAAGUAAGCUAUCGAUGCUAGGAGAAAAGCGUUGUCAGUUUCCCAACACAUUGCAAUGCUAGCCCUGUAUUUUCAGCCUUUGACGGCACAAACAAGGCAGCCAGGGAACACUGUGUGGAGACACAACAAAAAAGCAGACUGGUCUCAACAGAUUUCACAUUGGAUCUUUUUCCUUUUUUCUUCUUUUUCUUUCUUUUUUGCGGAAAACACAAUCCUUACUUUCCCUCUGCUUUGUGUAAUCACAUGAGUGCUUUAUUAACGUUUAGCUAAGUGUUUUUGGUUUAGUUUUUUUUUGUGUGUGUUUUUUUUUUUAAAAAAAAAAGGUCAGGUCGCAGUGCCAAUUCCUCAUUUUUUUUUCUUUUGUGUCUUUUUGUUUGUUUUUGUCUGAGAUGAGGCUUAUGCUUACUUUUUAGUAUUAGAUUGUACAUAGUUAAAGCAAAGGUGUAAAUCAAAUUAUUUAGGAAGAAAGAAAAAAAAAACGCUAAACUCCUCAGCCUGUGCACUAGUGCCAGUCAGUUUUAAAGCGGUUUUUAAAACGCUAAUGGCAGACAUGGCUAACAGAUUCCACUGGAGCAAAAAAAAAAAAAAAAACCUGGUGGCACUUCUGUCUGAAAUCUGUCUUGAAAUGGUAUUCUUGAUCAUUUUUGCACUUAUUCCAUUAGGGUCUGUUAUUUUGAGAAUUGUGUGGUUACAUUGACACCAAAAUCAUUUAAGUAGCAAAGUAUAUAAAUAUAUAUAUUAAAAAAUAUGAAAUGCAUAAAUGAUAUUCUUGGCCUUCAGUGCCAAGACUCACCCUCAUAUCUCGGAAACGGAUAGGAAUUUCAGCAUUCCCAGUUACUGUAAUUUAAACUAGUUUUUAACUGCACUUGAGGUUGCAUGUUUGUGUAGCUUAUGUAUAAACCGUGACAACUGGAUGGCUUCUAAAAUUGUUCAAAAUCGAUGGAUGUAUCUAGAGACUGUGAGAGCGUGAUUAGAUGGUUGUGGCAUUAUUUUUGUGAUUUGGUUCAACAUGUUUUGAUACUAAAAAUGGACAAAGUUGAAUUAGUAAUUCUUGCGCACUAAAUGUCUUUCCACAAAGCAAAUCAACCAGUUUUGAUAUGAAAAGAGAAAGACAUAUCAGACAUUCAAAAUGCUGCAAACUUUUCUACAAAUUGGAUACUCAUGUAAGACAGAAUCUUUUCAAAUAGUCUUUGUGAAAAAAGUCAAUUAAUUUCCGCACACUAGUGUUCCUCACAUCCCACAUCCCAUACUUACCAAAGCUAUAGCAGAUGUGACACUAUGAGGUUGAAGUUAAAUUUUAGGGAUAAGGAUACCAGCCUUUUUUGUGUUUUUCAGUUUUGCUUCUUGCUAAAUGUCUUGUUUUUCUCAUAAGUAAGCCCUUUUUCACUUAAAUACCUCAGUUAAUUGCAUGCAUUUUCUUGUCUUUAUUUUUUUUCUUUUUUGUUUGGUGCUAUGUUUUUGUAUUAAGCUUGAAUUUCUCAUCUUUUUUUGCACUGUAACUAUAAUACCUCUUUAUUUGACCUUUUAUUAUUAUUAUUAUUAUUAUUAUUUUUUGAAAUCUGUUUGGUUUGAUUGUACUGUUCGUCAGCCAUCAAGCUAUAGAGCAGAGCUGCAUUGUCAACUCUUCCCUCUCCCAUACUUGAGGUUGACACUUGAUGAUUUUUAAGGCGAACGAAUAGGAAGUAAUUUCCCUGCAAUUAAGAAUAACUGUUUUGUUUUCUGCAUUCAUUUGCUUUUCAUUCAGAGUCUGUUUUAGAAUUCUGGUUAAAAUAAAGACUGAUUUGUCAGAUGAGGAUCAGCGCUUACAGAAGUAAUCAGGUUGCACUCAUAAAGGGUAAUUAUAUUUCAAAACGCAGGCGGAGACAACGUUUCAACGUUACUUGACUUAUCUCUUCAGAUCUAUUUUCAUAAGUAAGUGUUGGAUGAUUUUUACCUGUGUGAUUUCUAAGCUCCGUUAGUCCAGCUCUGAAAUAUAAUUCAGACACAUAAUUACAAUCACGGUUGUUCCUACCUCAGAGGACAGUACUUGGUGAUCACGUGUGGACCAGAUUGCAAUUCCUUUCAGUAAUGCAGAAAGGGACACAUGGUUUACUGUUUUUACUGUGCCAAUGAUAACGUCUGUGUCUGUACCGUACAGUACAGCAUAAAGAAAAAGUCCACAUCCCCCACAGCAUUUUGUGUCUCAUGUCUUGAAUCAAAGACAUGGGACAUAAAUAUCAGUGCCUUCUACAUGGGAGGAAAUUAGACUGGAUGUGAAUCAUAUUGAUUUACAUGGGGAUUUUGUUAAAUUGAUUAAUUAGCAGUUGCGAUUAAUGUGACACUGAACUUCUUAGUUCAACUGACGCUUUCAACACUUUUUUCCAUUUAUUUGUAAAUUGAGAAAUCUGGAAAUUGGAUUGAUCUUGAUUGACUGACUGAUGACACAGUGUAAUUAGAUUACAGUAAAUUGAAUUCAUUUGGAAAGAAAAGUGUUGCUGGAACUGGUCUAAAUCUGUCUACAGUUGUCCUGCUUCAAAAUCUGUUUUGGAUGCUGCAGUUUUCAGAUAUAAAGGGACAAUUUGUGAAAUUGUUCAACUCUCAUAUGAACAAUUCAUGUUAAUUUACUCAAUCCCCAAACUUUAACACUUCUUUCUCCAGUCUGUCUCUGUCCGAGUGCAAUCUGUCAUUAUUUCUCAAGCUAAUGUCUGUUCCCCUAGUCAGCCUGUGAACCUCUUAAAUGUGGGCUGUGCUUUCUGAUUUCCCCAUUGAGGAGAGACGGUCAAACUUUAAAGUGUUCUGUGCCCUCCAGGCAAACACCCUGCCACACCUUGGCCUGUUGUAAACAAAUACACAGACAGCCCUUUAUUUUUUUCUGGCUUUAUACACUAAUUAUCCAUGAGACUCUGGAAGGGAGAGGGGGAGGAAUUAUUGAAAAAAAGAAUGUGAAAUCACUCAUGGUGCCAGGCCCACUGUAUUUUUGUCUGUGACUCAUAAAAAAAGGAUCACAAAUCUUGUCAGCCACAUGUGGUUUCAAUAUUCAACAAUCUUGUAUGUUUUUCUUUAUUUUUUCCAUCUUCAAUUGAAGAGUAAGGUGUGUGUGGGAGUGCUGAAGUUGAGCUAGUCCUGCAUUGUUCAGUAUAUGUUUUCUCCUACUGGCAGAUUUUCUUUUCUUCUUCUUCUUCUUCUUCUUUUUUUUUUGUACAUGUAGCACAAUUGAGCAUUGCACUUGGGCGCCAUACUUUACCUCAUGUCAGAGUAUGAAAGAGAGCAAACGAUGGAGGAAAAAAGUGUAUAUAUGUUAAUUACUAACUUGUGGUUCAGGCUUUGCUGCUGUUUCAAUUGCUGGUAUUAUACAAACCUACUUAAAAUGAGAAUAAGGGGCUACGGGAGGAAAGACAAAUUGUGCCUGCAAGUUAUCACCUGAUAAAUACACUGUAAAAAGAAACUAAUUUGGGGCUAAAAUGUCUGGAUGUCAUUUACACUGAUGUCCUGCCUUAAACUGGGGUUUUGAAAAUGAAUAAGUCAAACUACCACAAAUUAUCAACUGACACUAAUUUUUGAACUUUCCUCUGAUUACUUUAACUAUACAUUGUCUGAGUGAUGCCCCAGCCUCUUUUCUAGUACUGUGUUUUUGGUUCGUUUAGAUUACCAGAGAAACCUCCCUCAGCCUUUUAUUGGUUGCUUAAAAGAAAAAUCCACCCAUGUUUUCAGAUCAUUCAUCCACCAUAAUGAAGUGUUACCACAAGUUGUAGUUUGUCUUUAACCUGCCGAGUCUGCUUCUACACCAAGUGGUGAAUUCCUGUUUCAGAAAAAACAAAACAAAAAAAAAAGAUAAAUAUAUAUAUCCAUCUGUUUUGAUAGAUUUAAAAAUUCUCAGUGGUCAAGUGACAGAGCUUUCAACCAGGAUGUAUUUGUAAAUCUAUCAAGUAAGUGAUGCUAUUGUUGUUUUUUUACUAACAAAAUGGGGUGAAAUUGUCAGUAUGGGAAAAAAAAAGGGGGAAGGUGAUGUCAAUGAGUAGUUUAAAAAGUAAUGUGUGGAAGCUUUGAUUUGACAUCACUGACAUUCAUCAAAAAUGUUUGGGGGGGGAGACGCAGCCUGGUGGGUGCUUCCCCUGAUCACAUUUCUACAUGACAUGUCCUACACAAGAGCUUAAAAAAGACACAAACCCAAGUGUCAAGGUUCCACUAUGUGUGGCUUCAUUAACUAUAGAGCUGAAGAUGGAUUUAUUUUAUCUGAUGAGAGCUUCUGAGAAAGCCUUUUGAUUCAGGGACAGUGAAGAUUGCAUUAGACUUUUUUUUAUAUCCCUCAUCUUCUCAAUUGCAGUUAAAAUCAAAAUCUAGUGUUCCACCUGCUAGGACGUCACUGUGGGUAUAAUUAGAGUUUCUUGACACUAAUCAACAGAGAAGAAUACUUUUAUAAAGCAGACAAUCUAAGCACUAAUGUUGGCAUCAGUCACAGUUUGAUGUUAGCCAUGGAGCCCUGUAGCGCCUUCAGUUUUCAGUGUCCAAUAAACAACAACUUUACAAGUGAAAGGUGAAAGUCAGCAGUUUAGGUGUGAAACUACUGUACUUUUGUCAUCUAUAGCAGCAUUCUGUUUCUGAAGCUGCUGGAGAUGGGGCUAGUUUUCCUUACUUUGCACACUUUGAUAGUGUACUAUAGGGUCUGGUUCCCCUCCAUGGCAGGAUCAUUCAUAGGGUUUAUGAAAUAGUCACAGGAAGAGAAAUUAAAGUUAUGAUAUAUCGGCUAUGAGACUGUCCCACUGCUUAUUAGAAAGGUCAGAAGACUUGUAGAACUGUGUGAAUAAGUUCCACAGUCCAAUACUUCUGUCUUCCUUCCUGCAUCUUCCCCUUCCAACAGAACAGCAACGACCCAUGGUGCUACUUAAACUCUUUUGUGCCCCCUGGAAUUUGACAUAUUUUCACACAAGUCAUGACAGUAGACAAAGAGAACCAAACCAAACGAAUGCAACGGAGAUAUUAUGAUUGUCCAUUUAUUUUUUAGGAAAAUUUAUCAUUGUACAUAUCUGUUAGUUGUAAAAAUAAGUGAACCCUUGUUUUCAGUGUCUGGCGUGACCUCCUUGUGCAGCAACUAAACCUUUCCAGCACUCUAAUCAGAAUGCCUUUAGUUCUGAGAUGUUGGUGGGUUUCCUCACAAGAACAGUUUGCUUCACCAUUGGUUAUUCCAAAACUUUCAUUUUGUUCUACUUUAACCAUCCUCGUGUGCUGUUGUGUGCUUGUGGUCUUGCUUCAGAAUUCAUUGGUCCAUCAGUCAUCCUGGUACAGAUGCAGCAAAGAGGCCCAAACAAGCACGUUAGCUUCCUGCUCAUUUGACGGACGGGAUGAGGUCCGGAUGCUGAAAUGCAGUGUCUUUACAAUGCAGUGACUUUUCGAGCUGGACGAGCAACAAUAACAUAUUUCUGAACAGAGAAACUAAUUUGGCCUUGAAAUUGCCUAAUAAUCUUAGAGGUUCACUUACUUUUGAAACUUAGUGUAGUGUUGGCUCAUUUCCUUAAAUAAACAAACGAAAAGCGUAUUAGUAUUAGUAAGCGUUAAGUAUUUGAAUUUAAUUUGUUCAUCUACUCUUGGGACUUGUGUGAAAAUCCACUGAUAUUUUAAGUAAAUCUUAUGUAGAAAUGUAUAAAAUUUUGAGGAGCAAAUACUCUUGCGUGGCCCUGUUUAGUGUGGUUAGGGUUGGCAUCUUACAGAAGUGGUAGACUUGUGAUGUCACUUGUUUUGAUGUUGGUAUUUAAUGUUGAAUUUUUUUCUGUCAGAAAUCCUGUUUACAUCCACUGUGCUUUUACUCAAUGUAUAAAUUAGUUGUUGUAUUUUUUUUUUCCAGCAACAUUGCUAUUUCAGGGUGGAUUUUUCUUUUAUGAGCUGGUUCCAAACUCUGAACAAAGUUAUAAGAAGUUUCUCUAAUAAACAGCAAAAGUAUGGUGGGGAGAUAACUCAUGGCAGCAAGAUAUUGGUCUCAUGAAGCCAGCAUGGAGCACAGACGGUGACUGUUCACCGCGCAGCAGAACACCAGCAGAAUGGAGCUACAUGGAACGAGUGAUGAACUGUUAUCAGUGUGGGGAAUUAUGGGCCAUCACAACCUGCAGCAAAUAUAUAUGGGACAUUGGAAAAAAAACUGAACUCCUCACUUAUACUGUAAUACCAAGCUGCAGUGGUUUGCGGUCUGCACCUUAUGGAUCACAAAAAUUUUCUUUUUUUUUUUUUUUUUUUUUAAAUUGUAGCCCGGUAUAUAUUAAAUAAAAGUAAUGGUAUGGUCAUUCA